AUGCCAUACCCUAAAUGCCUUCGACAGUGUACGAGGGAAGAAUGCAACAGGCCAGCCGACCGUCUCUACGGCAGCUGCAUGCUGUGUGAGCAGCAUUUCUGUGUCAACCAUAUGCGUCCGGAGAGCCACGCCUGCCCGACCAGAGAAAGAGAUCCAGACGCUUUCUUCGCUGCAUACGACGCUGCCAAAAAGAAGUAUCUGUCGGCGCUGCUUGCCAGGGUUAACGUCGAUGCGCUGCAGGCAAUUGCCACGCGAGCGCGUGAUGGAAUUUCUUGCAGUAUUCCAGCUUUGUCGCAGGACCUGAACGAAGCCACCCGCUUAUCAACCGUGUCACGUCAAUGUGGCGGUCAAAACGCACACGUAGACGUCGUGUUCACGGAUGGCGUAACGUGGCUCGCCCGGUUACGGCUAGAUGAUCCUCUGUUGCCGCCGGCCGGUGUGCAAGAAAAGGUCAUUGAAAGCGAGGCAGCUACACUGCACUUUCUCGCCAAGACUAAAGUCCCGGCACCACGCGUGUAUGCCUAUGCAUCAACGGCAGCCAACCCGGUCGGAACUCCAUAUAUCCUGAUGGAGAAGCUGCCUGGCACGCCGCUGGACUGGCCGAGCACCAGCCCGGCCCAGCAAAAGCACGUGCUGGAGCAGCUCGUGGAUAUAUACCUCGAGCUCGAAAAGCAUCCGUUGCCGCAAACUGGCUGCUUGAUGUUCUCCGCAGACAAGAAGGAUGUGCACGUCGGUAGCUUCGUCCAGGCGCCAUACAUUGUUACACCCUCGUCAGCACUGGGCCCUUUUCGGGCACUGACCGCGGCAUAUAUGUCCAUACUUGGUCAUCAGAUGGCAAUGCUGGACAACGGUGAGUACGGUGCCCUUCGCGUCGACAAUUACCUCUCUUUUCUAUGGAGAAAACAAGCCCUCGCACAACUCAUCGAUGACGAACAUAGCAACAAUGGGCCAUUCUACCUUAAACACUAUGAUGACAAGGGGGACCACCUCCUCGUCGAUGCCGAUUUCAACAUCACCGGAAUGAUUGACUGGGAGUAG